UGUUGACCUGUCAGCGCUGUAGUACAAGCUGUCACUGCUGAUAAUUUGUCUGUCCUUCUGGUCGUUGCAGCUUUCCUUCAGCGACACACCGAGUCAGACGCGCGGGAUAGUUCGUGCUAAACUGUUGCUAGCGGUGUCGGCUAACCGGCGAGCUAACGGCUAAAGUUAGCUAACAAGUUGACAGCUAGCCUGCUAGCUAGCGUUCGACGGUAGCUAGCGGCGUUAGCUAGCUUUCUUGCAGUUAGCUGGCAAGGCUGCUGGCAGUGCGAGGGGAGGAAGCCGCCCACUCCUUCAAAGCAGCAUUCCGGACAAAAGAGUGAACGAUGGAGGCCCAAAGCUCCAGCGGGCUGCUGCUGUCCAGGAAGAGAAGAAGAGAGGGCUCCAAUGGGGAGACUGAGGACGGAGAGAGACUUGGGAAAAUCCCCAGAUGCACAGUGGGAUUGAAGCACCCUGCACCUUUCGCAGAUGAGCUGGUGCCAGCCGAUGGUAAACCCUAUGAGAGAGUCAGCAUGGAUGAGGCCAAGAGGGGCACACCACCUGACAGACCAGUGCGGGUCUAUGCAGAUGGCAUCUUUGAUGUUUUCCACUCAGGUCACGCCAGAGCUCUCAUGCAGGCUAAAUGUCUCUUCCCAAAUACACACCUCAUUGUUGGAGUGUGCAGCGAUGACCUGACCCACAAAUACAAGGGCUUCACAGUGAUGAACGAGGACGAGCGAUACGACGCUAUCAGACAUUGCCGCUACGUGGAUGAGGUGGUGCGGAACGCCCCUUGGACGUUAACGCCAGAGUUCCUUGCAAGACAUCGCAUUGACUUUGUGGCUCAUGACGACAUCCCAUACUCCUCAGCGGGCAGCGAUGACGUGUACAAGCACAUUAAAGAAGCUGGUAUGUUUGCUCCCACCCAGCGGACGGAGGGCAUCUCCACCUCUGACAUCAUCACCCGCAUUGUACGCGACUAUGAUGUCUACGUCAGACGCAACCUGCAGAGAGGGUACACAGCCAAGGAACUUAACGUCAGCUUCAUCAAUGAGAAGAAGUACCACCUGCAGGAGCGUGUGGACAAGGUGAAGAGGAAGGUGCGUGACGUCGAGGAGAAGAGCAAGGAGUUUGUCCAGAAGGUGGAGGAGAAGAGCAUCGACCUCAUCCAGAAAUGGGAGGAGAAGUCCAGGGAGUUCAUCGGAAACUUCUUGCAGAUGUUCGGCCCCGAGGGAGCUCUGAAACACAUGCUGAAGGAGGGGAAAGGCCGCAUGCUGCAGGCCAUCAGCCCCAGGCAGAGCCCCAACAGCAGCCCGGCCCGCGAGGAGCGCUCCCCCUCUCCCACCUUCCGCCUCCCCUUCUUCUCCAAGACCUCCCCGCCCCCCUCGCCUCCCCCCCACCACAGCGGAGCCCGCGGAUACCUCAUCAGCGAGGACGACGACGAAGAAGACGACGAAAACUAGGCCGCUUCCUGAAUCCGUCGGGGUCACAGUUAGCUGAGCUGUCGAGUAGCGUGGCUUUCGUCGAGCUCCUGCUUCAGAGUUUCUUUUUCUGUUUUAUUUCUUUCCCCGUUUAUGGUUUUACUCCGACAUUUAGCACUUCAGCGUUACGGUCACUGUAACAGCCAGGUUCUCCACAGCUCUUGUUUUUAACACUCAACUUUCAUCCUUUUUUUUUUUUUUUUGUCAUUUCUGUGUAAAGGUCAGUAAAAGUUAGCACUAGUCGUCCGAGUUCUUUGAACAUUAGUUCCACUUACCUCUGUCACUUCUGAGUUUGUUAGUCACUCACUGUCACUUAGGAAUAUUUUCAGUCGUUACACUCAGUGCACUCUUCCAUCUGUGACGGUGUUCUUAAGGUUGGCAUUAUAGUGCGGUAGGAGUUUUUGUCUUGGCUUUAGCGAGAGGAUUCGCAGGAUUUCAGUCACUUGUUGAAACUGCGCUUUGUAGUUUUGUUGUGUGAGGCGAGCUGAGGAAUCACGGAGACUCUGUUCAAUAUCUCGGGGGGACGUUUGUCAAAGCAGGUCAAAAAAAAAACGAACUGUGGCUGAGCAGUUGAAUUCUGCUCAUACUAACAAACCUUUUUUUUUAAUAACAGGGAAACUCCAGAUAAUCUGAGCUGAAUGUAAGAGUAGAUGUGUUUUGGGUCUACUCAGCAGCAGCCUUUUCCCACGUUCGUCUGCGUGCCCGCCUGCAUCGGGGCUACGCCUGUCUGUGUAUGUGCAUGCAACGUUUGUGUGUGUGCAAGCUCUUAAGUCGGCAUGUUUGAAAUGUCUUCUGUCAACAUUUUCCAUCUGUUGACAGAUCUGGGUUCAGCUUUGACUUUACUGCGUAUAGUAAUACAGUUGCUUUUAAUUUGUCUGCUGACGAGAAUCAGUCUUUGGAAGACUAACUUCAAACUAGACGCCUUUCAGUGGCGUAAAUGAGCGAAUGACCCGUUUAAAUGUUUAUGUAGAAAUACUUAUUUUUGUAGGUCUCCAUCCCAGUGCUUUCUCAGUCUGAGCAGAGAAUCAACAUGAACAAGGCUGGAGUUAGGGUUUUUUUUUUGUUUGUUUUUGUUUUUGAAAUGCAGAUCUGGGCCUGUAGGGAACUAAUAAUUUCAUAUGACACACGUGUGAUGGUAAUAGAACGCAUUCACGGAGGUUUUCAUCUUUCAAAACAACAGCAGAGAAAUGUCAAAAUGCCCGACCUUUAACAAGAAAGUGUUCAGUUGGAGUCUUAAGCACAAAAUAGGUUUCUUUUGGGUAGCACACUUACACGUUAAAAUACACAAGUCCGUCCCCAAAAAGGCAGGACUUCCCCUAAAAAGCGAACUGCGCACACAGGCUGCAUUAAUCGGUUUAGAGUUGUGUUUCGAUAGACUGGACUAUGCUGCGUCACGUAGGAGUGUGACGGCGUCAGAUCUACUCACUCCAGAUCAACAUUUAUGUAGCUACCUCCUUCCCUGAAUUGAUUCUGUGUCCUACGACGAGCACAAAGUAUGAGGAUUGUUUUUAUUCUUUUCUGAACAGAGCCAUUGUUGCAGCACUGAAGCAAUGUGACUUGGUCAAAUAUUUGACAUUUUCCGGUCUGUGUGUGUGCGUGUGCGUGUGUGUGUGUGUGUAUCCUGCAUCUCCAGUGAUAAAGCAUGUGUUGUGUCUCCUCUGUAACCGAAAAAUGAAACAUCACAGGUGAUCUGAAGAUGUAAUGCAAUACUGUUAGAUAAUAUAAAUGUUAACAGAUGUCGGAUUGAUCUGUUCUGGGCUUGGUUUCCCAAAAGCACUUAUGGUUUCAAUCAGCAACAAAGCCUGCCUCUAUUCUUGUCAGAUUUUAUGGUUGGGAGGGGGAAAAUGACUGCAAAGGACUCCUACGGUUAUUAAACCCUGCUUUUGAUAUUAAAAGUACUGAAGCGGUGUAAUUUGCUGAAGAAAUCCAGCCGACAUUUUGGUGCUAAGCUACUUUCGGGAAGCCUCGCCUUGAUUCUCGUGGAAUCUUUUCCUUUUAAUCGGUGUGAACUUCUCAGUCAGCGCAUGUCCACGUCAAGAGCUCAAGGUGGCAACGACUCGAGUGGCAAGCCAAUAACAGCCACUACUACUAGGAAGCAUACAAAUGUAAAUGUUUUUAACAGCAGUUGUUUUAAUCAUAUGUUAUUUUACUGUUUGGGGUUGUUUUUUUUUUUGUUUAUUUUACGUCCUGGGUGUAGAGGAUGAGCAAGACAGGAAAAAUGUAUUAAAAAUGUGUUGGCCAAAGCA